GUUAACUUAUAUUAAUAGGCCGCUUACUAUAAGUCAGCAGGUGUUUAACCACGAAUUAAAGUCUGUUUAUAAAAUAACACAGUGUAUUAUGGUAUGGCAACGUCUGAGAAGACAUGUAUCAACCUUUAUUUAUUAGGUUUGGCUGCUCCAACGCGCUUCUCCAACUGGCCACAAGAUGGCGGCGUUGCGACAGCCAUGAGACGGUGACAGUGCGUGUCGAAGGAGGUGGGAUUUCCUCUCCUCCUUCUCAGCAUCAUCCUACUCCUCCUAGGGAUGUGUCGGCGUGCGGUGCACCUGUUUUAUGUAUUAUUUGGGUCAUCCACCGCUGAAAUGCUCUAUUUUAACCAGUGUCACCAAUAGCCACACGAAAAGGUUUAAACGACCUAUUCGGUGGGACCCGACAGGCCUCGAUUCAGUGUGAUUUAGGGAGAGGAUGUGUUGAUUUUUUCCUCUUUCGGCUGCAGCAGUGAGACAGCAUCUUUGCCGGGUGACACAUCAUUAUCAGUGCGAGUGGACAAGCCCUGUAGGACAUCAUGUCGGACAAAAGCGACUUAAAAGCGGAGCUGGAGCGCAAGAAGCAGCGCCUCGCCCAAAUCAGGGAGGAAAAAAAGAGAAAGGAGGAGGAGAGGAAGAAGAAAGAGUCAGAGAGUCAGCAGAAGAGAGAGAUGACCCCAGAGGACUCAGACUUAGACCGUAAGCGCAGGGAGACCGAGGCCCUGCUACAGAGUAUCGGCAUCUCACCGGAGCCUCCUCUGGUCCCGACCCCAGUGUCACCCUCCAAAUCAGUGAGCACGCCCAGUGAGACGGGGAGCCAGGAUUCAGCUGAUGGAGGAGCAGCAAGCAGGUCAGGUUUCUCUAAAAACAAGUCCCAAGCACAGAGCUCAAGGACGCUGCAGUGGGACACAGACCCCUCUGUGCUGCAGCUGCAAGCUGAUUCUGAGCUCGGGCGCAGGAUGUUGAGGCUUGGGGCUUCUAAGAUCACACAGGUAGACUUCCUUCCCAAAGAGGUGGUCUCUUACUGCAAGGAGACACAGACACCACACACGGCCCACCUAUCUGAAGGCUCAUUUCCGGUGCUGCGGGAGCUGACAGAGGAGGAGAGGCAGCAGAUCCUGCACUCUUCAGAGUUUCAGAGCUUCUUCGACUGCAGCAUUCGGGUGAUGGAGCGAGCUCUGGCUGAAGACGGCGACAUCUUCUUCGACUACAGCGGCCGGGACCUAGAGGACAAAGAGGGAGACUUGGGUAGCGGCUCCAGCCUGUCUUUCAGUAGACUCUUCUAUGAUGAACACUGGUCGAAACAUCGUGUAAUCACCUGCCUUGACUGGUCCCUUCAGUAUCCUGAGUUGCUCGUUGCCUCCUAUAACAAUAAUGAAGAUGCUCCUCAUGAACCGGAUGGUGUUGCCCUUGUGUGGAACAUCAAAUUUAAGAAGUCCACACCAGAGUACAUCUUUCACUGCCAGUCCCCUGUAGUAUCUGUGGGCUUUGCCAGGUUUCAUCCCAACCUGGUGGUGGGGGGGACUUACUCGGGACAGAUCGUCCUGUGGGACAACCGAAGUCACCGUCGGACCCCCGUCCAAAGGACUCCUCUGUCUGCUGCUGCACACACUCACCCAGUGUACUGCGUGAACGUGGUCGGCACCCAGAACGCCAACAACCUGAUUACUGUGUCUACAGAUGGCAGGAUGUGCUCCUGGAGUCUGGACAUGCUCUCCCAGCCACAGGAGACCAUGGAACUAGUAUACAAUAAAUCCAAACCUGUAGCAGUGACAGGCAUGGCUUUUCCCACGGGAGACGUUAACAACUAUGUGGUCGGGAGUGAGGAGGGCACUGUUUACACUGCAUCCAGACAUGGCAGUAAGGCGGGUAUCUGUGAGAUGUUCGAGGGCCACCAGGGGCCUGUGACAGGCAUCAGCUGCCACAGCGCAGUGGGCACUGUCGACUUUUCCCACCUCUUCAUCACAUCCUCCUUCGACUGGACCGUCAAACUCUGGAGCACCAAGGUAUGGUGUGUGUGUCUUUCGGUGACUCACACGGACGACUGGGGGCGCUUCGCUCGUACCCUAAUGGAGAUCCGUGCUAACCGGGCGGACGGCGAGGAGGAGGGGCCUAUGGAGCUGGCUUCAUAGAGCAGGACUCCAAACCAAAGCGGAGGGAAAUCAGAGACCUGGUGUGCUUUUAUUGGUGUCACUGUAGCAUGUACACUCAGUUUUGUUUUGUUUCUUCACCUUUAUGUACAGUUCCUGUCUGGUCCAAACAACGCCUCGCUGAUACUGUAUUUUUGCGUUUAUUCUCCUGUAAAUGCGAACUGUCUGUUAAUAGGUAAACUGUUGACCUCUACUGAUUUGUCCGCCCUUAUUUAUUUGUUUAAUGAUUUAAGCCGAUGUGUUGCUUGCAACUCGUGAGCCUACAGCAUAUACAAAGUGGAAGUCUUAUAGCCUUACGAAGAUAUGUGUACUGUAACGACGCUUUGCACUACCGUAAAAAUAAAGCAGGGUCCAUAGACUAGUCAUGUAUUGUUUACAGAAUGUCAUGUUCACUUUAUCUUGUACUUCUUUUUCUCUGUAUUAUGCCUGCAUGCGACACAUUCCUGAAAUAUUCCAGAUGCAUAAACAUGGGAGUUGUUAUGGUGACGUAUUCACACGUGGAGCUUUGUGGCUGCUUUAUGUCAGUGUGUCAGGGUGUCAGAAACUCAGAAACUCAAUCAAGUGUUCAGAACACUUCCGUUCUGAACGAGAGCAACAGCUCUCUUUAAUGAGCUGUAACAAUUAUCAGGAGGUAUAUUGUAUUGCAGU